AUGUCGAACAACUCGUGCAUCUGCUCGCAGUGCAUUCAUCCGGUUUGCCCGAAUCCCGAUGCGGAACCGCCGUUCGACGAAGUGUCGUACGAGAUCGGUAAAAACAUCCUAUCCGUGAAAAUACCGAAGAAGGAGAGACAAUUUCAGGCGGACGACUCGAAGAACUUACAGCAGAAGCUUAGCUUCGACUUUGAUUGCCCGGACGCGAGAGGUGAGAAAUGCAAGAUCGGUUGUUCAAAAGUUAACGUGAUACCAGACCGAAUACCACCACAGAAUAUGCCCGACGAGGAGAUGUUUUCGUUGAAGUCCGCGAGACAAAUUUUAUACAACGACGACCUAAAGAACACGCUCGAAAUUGAAUUUAAGGCGCCACGAAAUUACAUUCCUCUGCCUGAAUUCGGUCCACCGCCACCCAUAAUCGUACCGAAGCUGAAGGCCGUCUCGAGGAAGGGGAAACGUAAGAUUAAAAGGAAGAAAUAG